AUGCUAUACGGACCGAUUUCCACGUCGACUCUUUGCUCAUUCAUCGCCUUCUUUACGCACACAAGAAACAGCGAAGACCAGGCUCACAUCAACGAUAUGGAUGCUUGUUUCACAAGCUUCGGCCACUGCACAUAUGACGGCAGUAGCAGCAGAAUCAGUCAGCUUCAGUGGCAACAGCGCGAGAGCUUUGGCAAUGUUGUGUCAAUUUCUCCACCACCCCCUCUUCGUCUGAAUUGCAGCACGGGCCUUUUGCGGCCGCUUCAUAUACGUCUGGAAUCCCACGUCGUUGCAUUGCCGAGGACAUCAGACUGA